UGAAACUUUAUCCGCUUAUAAACUUCUUGUUUGGUUAUAAUCUACUAUCCACCCCUUGAGAAAAUAGAAUUUGCUUCAAAUUAAACACCCCAAAACCCGGAUCUUUUAUCCAAUCUUAAAGUUAUAUAUAAUCAUAAUCUUUUAUCAUCUGUAUUUUGCUCAGCGACUUGAGUAAUCAAAACUACAAAAAACUAAUCUGACAUUGUAAACAGAGUCUUCAAAGAUGAAGAUCCCUACUUUUCUUCUACUAAUAACUCUUUCACAAUUAAUCCUAAAUCCAAUCCUUUCAUUGGCUAAUUCCGCUUAUCCCUCACCUUACGGUAUCGAAACGACAACCUCGUAUCAAUCUACUGAUUCCGACAACCUAAUUCCUGUCCGUCGUGAAGUUUAUGGUAACGGUCGGAUUUUCGACAUUACCCAUCGAAUGACACCUGAUAUGCCUUCAUGGGGUUUAGAAGAUGGGCUUGGCCAAUUCUUGUGGUUGCCUAAUAGUAUGAAGAAUGGGUCACUUGCUAAUAACUCUGAGAUGAAACUACCCACACAUACUGGUACUCAUAUUGAUGCUCCUGGUCAUGUUUAUGAUCAUUAUUUUGAUGCUGGUUUUGAUGUGGACACUCUUGACCUCGAAGUUCUUAAUGGUCCUGCAUUGCUAGUUGAUGUUCCGAGAGACAAGAACUUAACUGCCGAUGUUAUGCAAUCCUUACAUAUCCCCAAGGGAGUCAAACGAGUACUUUUCAGGACACUAAACACUGACAGGCGUCUUAUGUGGAAAAAGGCAUUUGACACAAGCUAUGUCGGUUUCAUGAAGGAUGGAGCGCAGUGGCUAGUGGAUAACACUGACAUCAAACUUGUUGGAAUUGAUUACUUAUCGGUUGCUGCAUUUGAUGAUUUGCUUCCUUCCCAUCAUGUUUUCCUGAAAAGCAGGGAAAUUAUUCUUGUAGAAGGGCUGAAGCUGGAUGAUAUAGAAGCUGGCAUAUACACCGUACACUGUCUGCCCUUAAGGUUGCUUGGUGCGGAGGGAUCGCCUAUUAGAUGUAUACUGAUUAAGUAAUACUGUCCUCGUCUCCGCCUCAACCAUAAGGAAGCACUGGAGAUAGUGUUGAAUAAGAAAAAGUGCUGCAAGGGAGGACAUAUUCUCAGAGUAGUUUAGGCUGUAAUAUUAUUAGCUUUUAGGCUGAAAACACAUAGCAUGAGCAAAUAAUAUGUAGAUUUCAUGGUAUGUCUUAUGGUUUUAUGGAUUGACGGAGAAUGAUCAACAUAUUUAGAUCAGAGUUAUUUUUGUCUUAAGGUGCAAAUGAUUACGGUCAUCAUAUUGCUUUCUA